CAAUUUCAGCCACAUGAUUAAUUGAAAUAAAAAUAUGAAUAAAGCGACAAGUGAAUAUGGUGGAAAAUAGAUUUGCAAAGAUUUGUCUGUCUGUAUGUAUCGCUAGCCUCUUGUCUUCCCAAAAGUAGAUACUCGAUAUCUAUCUCUGUCUAUAUAUCUUGCAUAUCUUUCAUUUGAUGGUAGAAGAAAAUGGUCAUGGAUCAAGAAAUGGGAAGGUAUCCUUCUUCUUCUUCUUCUUCUUCAUCAAGUGGUGCACCAAAUCUGCACGUUCUUGCAGUGGAUGAUAGCCAUGUUGAUAGGAAGGUCAUUGAGAAGUUGCUCAAGAUUUCUUGCUGUAAAGUGACUGCUGUGGAGAGUGGGAAGAGGGCUCUGCAAUAUCUGGGCUUGGAUGGAGACAAAAGCCCCGUGGAAUUUGAUGGAUUGAAGGUUAAUCUUAUAAUGACAGAUUAUUCUAUGCCUGGGAUGACUGGAUAUGAACUUCUUAAAGAGAUUAAGGGCUCCUCAAGGUUAAGAGAAAUACCAGUGGUGAUAAUGUCAUCCGAAAAUAUUUUGGGUCGAAUUGAUAGGUGUAUGGAGGAAGGUGCUGAAGAAUUUCUUGUAAAGCCAGUUCAGCUAUCUGAUGUGAGAAGAUUGACAGAUUUCAUACUACAAGGUGACGAGGAUCGUCAAAAGGUAGGAUCUUCUAAGAGAAAACUCUGGGACGUUCCACGAUCAUGGUUUACCACAUCUUGCUCCUGAUUUUCUAUCAUCGCCCAAAAUCAAAUUGUACCACAGCAAUCUCUUUUGAAUUGUCCAUGAUUGCGCAUGGCAUGAUUUUUACACCAAAAAGAAUGGACAGGUUACAUAUAGAUUGGAAGUAAAGAUGAUAGUGGGACAAUUGUUCUUUUGUUACAUUUACCAGUAAAGACAAGAUUUUCCUUUUCA